AUGGAGCCAUGGACAAAGUUGGAUCUCUCUAAGGAUUUCACGCGACUGACUCUUGACACUGUAGCCCUGACAUGUCUUGAUCACCGAUUCAACAGUUUCUAUCAUUCGACAAGUCUCCCGACUUUUGUUCAACAAAUCGACUUUGUCCUUGCAGAAGCAGCAACAACAGCGACUCUCCCUGACUGGAGCAUCCCACUGCGAUUCUCCCAACGAAAGCAGUGGGCCAAGUCUGUGGCGUAUAUCAACAAGGCAUGCCAGGACAUGAUCGACGCCCGUCGUGAAGCUGGCGAGCAGAGUUCACGCAAAGAUGUCUUGAGUGCCAUGGUCUUUGAGAAGGAUCCGAAGACAGGCGAAAGCUUGACAGACGAGCAAAUCAUUCAUAACAUGCUGACUUUCCUAUCUGCUGGCCACGAAACGACAAGCGCCACUCUAGCACUGGUGUGCUACUUCUUGUGCGAACACCCCGAGGCCCUGAAGAAGGCCAGGGCGGAAGUGGAUUCUGUGGUGGGAACAGACACCCUCGGCAUCCAGCAUAUCCAGAAGUUGCCGUAUCUGGAGGCUACGCUACGAGAGACCUUACGUCUGGUUCCAACAGCCCCUGCCUUCUUUGUCACCCCCAAGCGGGAUGAGAUUAUUGGCGGUAAGUAUUUCGUCAAACAGGGCGAGAGCCUCUGUGUUGCUCUUGAGGUUCUGCAACGCGAUCCGGAGACAUACGGGGACGACGCCGCCGAAUUCAGGCCCGAACGUAUGUUACAGCCUGGGGCAUCCGAUAACAUAGACGCUUUUGCCUGGAAACCAUUCGGCAAUGGCUUGAGAGGAUGCAUUGGUAGAACGUUUGUUUGGCAAGAAUCUUUGAUCAUCCUUGCUCUCAUUCUUCAAAACUUUGAUAUUCGAAAGGACGACCCACGAUACAUGCUGAAGCUCAGAUCGGACCUAUCAGUGAAGCUCGACGGCUUCUUUCUUCAAGCUCGUUUGAGAUCAGGACUCACCCCAAAUAGCCUCCGGAAGAGGCUGAUUGGCGGUGGUGCUAAGCAACGUUCCAGUAACACUACAACCAAAGAGCGAGCAUUGAGUCUAAAGAGUAAGAACUUGAGCGGUCAGCCCGUCUCAAUACUACACGGGUCCAACACAGGCACUUGCGAAUCUUUGGCGUCGUUUCUCGCAGCUGGGGCAGAGCGCAGAGGGUUUGCUCCCCACAUCGUCAGUACGAUGAACUCAAGAGCCGGCAAUCUACCAGAGGAGGGAUGUGUAGUGAUGAUUGUAGCUUCGUACAAUGGUCUACCAUCCGACAACACAGCCGAAAUGGUUGCAUGGUUACGGGUGAAGGCAGCCAGCCCUGGCAGCUUGAGCCAUGUCCAGUACGCAGUGUUUGGUUGCGGCCAUAGAGAUUGGCACGACACCUACCAAAGAAUACCACGCCUUGUUGAGGAGCUCCUGGAAAGGUCCGGCGCUGUGAAAGUAGCCCCCAUGGGGAUGGCAGACGCAGCAACCGGCGACAUGUACUCGGACCUUGAACAAUGGAGUCUGAAGCACCUGUUUCCUGCUCUUUACGCCACACAUGGCAUAGCUGCUCCCGAUGGCACGCUCAACCAGACUCUACUGCCGACUGCUGGACCAAUCUCUGUCGUUCAAAGUCUACCAUUGAGAGUCACGAGCCUCGCGAAUAGGGGGUUUCAGCCAGUGAAAGUCACUGAGUCUUACCAGCUAUCGGCAGACCUGAACGUAAUUCCAGCUAAGCGACAUAUUGAACUCAGGAUGCCGCCGGGUUUCAGUUACGGCCCUGGCGAUCACUUGCACAUCCUACCACAAAACGACCCGGCGGUGGUUCAAAAGGUGCUGUGGUAUUUCGAUUUAGCAGAUGACUCACGUAUUGCAAUGCAGUCGGUCAAUCCUCUCGACGUGUCCGACGACAUGGAGUUGACCGCAGCUGAGCUAUUCGGACACUGGGUUGAGUUGAAACGGCCCAUCACGAAGCAUGCCGCCCAAGCGAUCAUCGAGUCUCUCCCCCAAAGCGACACAAGCCGAAAGAAAGACUUGAAUCUGCACAUGAUUGAUGGAGAUGGACCAAAGACAGUUGUAGAGAUACUGGAGGUUCCUGGCCUCCAGCUGUCUUUAUCCUCAUUUCUUAGCAUCUUGACGCCCAUUCGACCGAGGACAUAUUCUCUUUCUUCAGCUCCCUCCUCGAAGCCCCAUCAUGGCACAUUAACGAUAUCCGUCGUGCCUAACGGCAUGGCUUCGGAGUACUUGAUCAGCACGACGGUCGGACAGAUUCUCUUUGCCCGGGUUCAAGCCAACCCCAGGUUUUUGCAUCAGAUCAGUAAACGGCCGCAAUCUUUGCUGAUCAUGGUUUGUGUUGGCUCUGGCAUCGCGCCGUUCAGAGGCUUAAUACAAGAGGCACUCCUCCGCAAUACGUCGAGCGCUGCCGAGAAACCAAAGUGGACUCUCUUCUAUGGGUGCAGGGGCAGCCAACUGGACGAGUUGUAUGCUGAUGAACUUCGAGCCGCUGAGGAAGCGGGAGUCGUUGCGGUUCACCGAGCGUACAGCCGAGAGUCGGGCGACAUGAAUAUUCCAAGAUAUGUUACCGGGGCGCUGAAAGAACACAUUUCGGAGGUGAUGGAUUGUUGGAACGCUGGAGGUCUCAUUCGCGUAUGUGCUGGGAAGAGUAUUGCUGAUGAUAUAUGGGACUUGCUCGGACCGGCUCUACUGGAGACCACGGCGAAUGGGAACCAAAGAGGACAACUGUUAGACCGGCGACAGAAGCUGGCAGAGGAGGAGAAGUAUGUCGAGGAAGUAUUCAACUAG